AUGAAAAGGAGCAACGCGGGUCCCGGGAGCGCGGCGGGCGGCACGAGCGGGGCGGGGGGCGUGGGCCAGGCGCUGGCCGCGCUGCUGCUGGCCACGUCCGUGUUGAGCGCCGCACUGCUGGCCCCCAGCGGCUCCCCGACGCCAGACUUAGGAAAAAAAAGGCACGUAGAGCUGAAGGUGGACCAGGCUUUGCUGCUCAUCCAUGAUGAACUGCCUGGGACAAACUUGACCGUCUACUGGAAUUUCGAUUGCUGUUAUCAUUGCCUGCUCCAGGUCCUGGUCGACGUCUCCCAGAGCAGGAAACCCGGGGAGCCCAGCAUUGAGGCCGUGGCUGUGAGCACCCAGCACGGAGCCAUCCUGCAGCUUAAUGACACCGUGGAGGAGAAGCAAGUUUGUAGGCUGGAAUACAAAUUUGGAGCAUUUGGAAACUAUUCUCUCUUGGUAAAGCACACCCACGAUGGAGUCAAUGAAAUUGCGUGUGACCUGGUCGUUAAUGAGAAGCCAGUUGACAGUAACCUUCCUGUGAGUAUCGCGUUCCUCGUCGGCCUGGUGCUCAUCAUUGUGGUGUCCUUUCUAAGGUUCUUGCUGAGGGAAAUUUAUUAAAGAGAAACGUUGACUGAAACCAUUGAACACAGGGCAUAACAACACACAGAGGAACUUCUAGCGGCCAC